CUCACUUGUUGCUGAGAUGUCCCCCACGCUUCACUCUCAAACCUAUGGUAUACAGGUCGCCUCGACUCAUUCAUUCACUCACUUACUUUUCACGGGAACCUCAAUACCUUCAUGAAGAGGCGCAAGUGAAGGUCGCUCUUUGCGAUCACUGACCAUCAUCCCGAUCUACCUUUCUCGUUUCAUCUACCCGCUUUCUUUAAAUAAUGAACUCCUCCAAGAGGUCGGCUGCUGUAGAGGAGUCUAUACUAAAGAUAAUGUGUCCACACUGUUGAUUCUUCAUUCGACAACUGAAAAUGCCUCCCGCAAAGCCUUGCGCGGCCUUUGAGCCCAUCCCACCCGACUUCAAUCUUCAAGCGUUAGUCGAGUCCACGCCGAAUUUCGAAUGGGUUGUGCGCAUACACUGCGACAUGAUAGAUCAUCAGGGUCUUGAGAACUUUGAAAAGCUGGUGCUGAUACAUGUUAUACUCGGUGGAAAACCUCUGGUGAUCGAAGGCUAUGAAGCACGACUGGACAAAUGGACCUUUGCGCUACAGUGGUUGCGCGACAACUGUGGUUCUAAGGUUGAGCAUGCUAGAGACCUGACCAAAAAGAUCAAUGUGCCACUUACCAUCGGUCACUACCUGAACAAUAUGGCUUUACUCACAAAUCAGUGGACACCGCGGAACUACAAGGACCCUGAACGGCAACGCAUGUAUCUCAAAGAUAUUGACUGUCCACCAUUGUGGCAUGACAAGCUAGCGGAUGUGAUUCCUCCUUCGCUGUUCUAUCUGAAUGAAAGCACCGGCGAUAUUGGAGGAUUUGGUGCGGUGGAUGAGAAUGACCCCACCAGACCUGGAAUGCGAAAAGGACGCGGCAUUGCCAAAGCGGGCGACUUGAUGAGCAGCCUACCAAAGGAGAUGCGUGCUGAGAACAUGAUGUGCUAUAUCGGCCAUGAAGGAACGUACACUCCUGCUCACAGAGAAAUGUGUGCCAGCCUAGGGCAGAACAUCAUGGUUGAGGCUUCGACUGGAGCGCCAGAAGAUGGCAGACCGACGACGCCAGGCUCUUCGAUUUGGUUCAUGACCGAAAGCAAGGAAAGAGCAGUAGUGUCCGAGUAUUGGUUAUCGAGGCUCGGUCACGACAUCGAAAUCGAAAAUCAUUUCGCCCAGAUCAAUGCCUGGAAGAGCGCUCCCUUCCAAACCUAUGUUGUCGAACAGAAGCCUGGCGACUUCAUCCUUAUCCCUCCAUUGGCACCACAUCAAGUCUGGAAUCGGGGCACCCGCACCAUGAAAGUGGCUUGGAAUAGGACGACGGUGGAAACGUUGGAAAUGGCCAUGCGUGAAGCUCUUCCUCGAGCCAGGUUGGUAUGUCGUGAUGAGCAAUACAAGAACAAAGGCAUUGUAUACUACACCUUGCAAAAAUACUCGAAGCUGCUGAAGUUGGCUGAGAAAUUCAAGCAGAAGGCGCUGGGAUCAAAGCACAAAGUGAUCAACGACACCAAGGUUCGACAACUGGAAAAGGACUUCCGUAGGCUUCACCAGCUGUACACAUCGGUCCUCGUCUCGGAAAGUUUUUUGACAGACAAGCAGGAAAAGAAGGUCGAACUCAUCCCCUACGACAGCAACAUCACUUGCUCUUACUGCCGGUGUAAUAUCUUCAACCGCUUCCUGACAUGCCCGAGUUGUGUCGGUGAACUUCCGAAUGGCGAGGAAGAUACAUACGACAUAUGCAUGGACUGUUACGUGAUGGGCCGGAGCUGUGCCUGUACUUCCAAACUCAGAUGGGCGGAGCAGUGGCCGUGGGCAGAUCUGUUACAAAAGCACGAGUACUGGAGGCACCAGAUUUUACAGUACGAAGGGAGAGUGACAGAAAAGUCUCCUGUUUCACUGAAGACUGAGUUGGAUCGCCUGGGUAACAAGAGGACCUUGGCUCAGAUAUGUCAGCUUGAGCUGGCUCGCAGACCAUUCAAAGAUAUUCACCGUCCACCCUCGUCUACUCCGGCUCAAGGCGAUAAUGCCGAAGAGCAAGAAGUCGACGACAAUGGGAAUGUCAAAAAGAAGAAGAAAGCUCACUCCAAAACAUUCCUCAGCACACAUGCUCGAUGUCACAUUGACUCCCACUGGGAACCAACUUGGAAGCAGGCACCAUGUUCAACCUGCGACAGGAAGUACUGCUAUGGUGUUUUGUUCCGCGCCUAUGAUAUGCAGCCUCAAGACAUUCUGGCUGAUCCAGAUUGGCAAUGCCCAAGUUGUCGCAAUAUAUGUGCGUGCCGAACAUGUCGCAAGCGUCCAGAUCAUACGCCGUACAUACCGUCAGGCACAGUUCUCGGCCAUGAUACUAGAGCUGUAGCCGACCCAAGAUCUGUUGAGAGUCUCGUCGACUUCAGCUACUCUAAUCUUGGUUGGAUUCAGAAGGCGGGUGAUGACGGCAACGUUGACUCACAUCGUAUGAGGAGCCGUCGAACUGAGGCAGAUGCCGCUUUGGCGGAUACGCCUCAAAGAGGCAACUUAGGAGAUAAUUAUGUUGACGAAGGAGCCUUCAAUGAUUCUGUUGAGGACGGAAUUCUAAGACUAGCUCAUCAAGAAGGAAUCCCAAUCGACCCAGCUUUGGGAUCAGGUGCAACACCGACCGACAGCUUGCUCGAAGAUGAGGAUAUCUAUGAGGAACAUCCCGAAGGCGCCAGACAAGCCGGUGUACAUUCUCCAGACCAGACCCCAUGGGUCCCAGAAGGCGGUGUAAUACGUGAUUAUGAGCACGCCUAUGAUUUUACAGAGGCAAUCACGUACGACUAUCCGGAUCCUGAAAUCGGCAGACACAUAGCUCCUCCGACGGAAGAGGAGCAGAGUGGUCCGGCUUCGGGCCAUGUGCCAGCUGCUGCAGAUGAAUCGGCAGGAAUUGAGAUGAUAGAACGGAAAAGGAAACGGAAGCUGGACGAUGACAAUCGACCCUACAAGAAUAAGAAAUCUGCCGUCAAGAAGAACAAAAAGCAACGAAAAUCACUCAUUGUCAAAUUACCUGUUGACAAAGAGAAGCUCAGUCAAGUCGAUCAGAUGGUCAAUGUUGCAAAGCAGGCUCUGAAUGGAGUGCCGGUUAUGCCAGCGCCUGUUAUCGGUUCCGAUCUCCAGGCACUUAAUGCUGCAGAAGGGAAUCCGCAACAGGUGCCCAGGCGAAACCGUGACGUUGAACACCAUAUCGUUGAUAACGACGAUGAAUUCACCCCUGGCCGAUCCCGCGACCGAAGAAAGUCGGCACCAGACGGCGCUCUUCAGCCUGCUCCAGAUGCUGAAAUCACAAGGCGAACGACCAGAGUGCAGAAUAUUCACUAUGAAGAACCGGAUGAAGAGGAGUUCGAUGAGAUUCUCCCACAACUUUGGGACCCUCGGACUAAAGCAGCACCCAAGGUUGUGCGACUUGAAGGACCAAAUUCCGAUUCUGAUGAUGGCUCAGCCGACAGUGGAGAGUCUGAAGAUGAUCUCGUAUUCUCUGCGCCCAGCCCACCGGUCAAGAUGGCUGUAGAUCCAGCACUACAAUCGAAGUCAACAAUAUCCCAACAGGCCAAGGUUCAGAAUACCCGCCCCUCUGCUACGAGUCAAGGUAAGUUAGUGCGACCAUUUGAGACUGUCCCAAGGAAACCAGCAGGGGAGAUGCCUUCCCUCACAACGAACAACAAUUCGAAGACACUAGAAGUCGUGCAAGCCAAUAGACGGGCUAAGAUGGCGGCAAUUGAAGACAUGGACAUUGAGAACGAUUUCGACGACUUUGACGACUUUGAAUCAUCGUCGCAGGAUUCGUACCCGGCAGAGUCCGUCUCUGGUCCUGGAUUCAAGCAGCCUGCUGUGCCAGCCAAAGCCACUGUUCUUAAUGGCCAUACCAAUGGUACGCGGGUCCAACAAAACAGGCGGUCGAUUGCUGCCAAGGCUUCUGCAGCGGAUUGGGGUCAGAGUGACUCCGAUGAUGAGCCAUCAGUCUUGAAGGCAUCAUCAUCAGGUUGGGCAAGUGUAAACACAAAGACGUCAACACGAGGCAUUGCGGUCAAACCUAGCACACCCAAAAAGCGCGGUAGACCACCGAAACACCCCUUGUGAGUUUGCCUCGGGGCAGUGCCCAGGGAUGCUAGAGAUUGCUGGUAUGGUUGGAGUGGUUAUAUGAGAGGAGCGUGGGCUGGUUGGCGCGGAAUUGAGCAGCCACAUUUUGACCGUGUCCAGGAUGUAUAGGAAUAGUUGUGACUUGGGCAGAGCCAUAGUCGGCUAAAACAGAGUAGUAAUCAACGGACCAAGUGAUGGUGUAC